UGAUGGCAGGUGCGGCCACAUUAGCUGUUGCCUAGCUACAUUUUGAUUGGCUAUUUGCAAAGACCUGUAAUCAUUUGCUCAUAGCUGUCAGAAGUUAGUAUUCAUUUUGUUGAAGCUAGUAAUUGAAUGGACCAUUUGGAUUAUCUUCUACAACACACAUAUGAAAGUCUUCCUUUUAAAGUAAAACUUGAGAUUUAACGAAACACCUCGGUGCCCAACAGCCGCAGGAUUACAAGCCGCUGGUAAACAAGGGUUCUCCAGGAAAAAAUGGCUGACUGCUAAUUAAGCUGCUAGCUUAACUGCUAGCUUGUCAGACAAGACAUUUGCUUCCUGUGUGUGCUAUUAUUUGGAGGCGAUGGUACCUGGUCAAGAACAGGCUUUGAGGAUCCCAAGCAUCUUUCUGAGAGGAUUACCAAACAUGAAAGCAGCUGUGCAACGUGCUAAAAUUCAGCUUGUUGCAAAGCUAACACCACGUCAACGUUGACCAAACUGACAGCGCAUACAAACAGGAAUUGAACAGUUACGUUAUAACAGCACGUCGAGGAGAACAGCCAUUUUGCUUCAUGAAUGCGCGGUUAGAGGUACCAUGCAGAGCUUUUGACCACGAGCGACAUACAUGACCACGGUUUUUCCGGACUCAGGGAUGUGAAGUACCGACACUUUCUAGAAGCCUCCCGACCGAUUAGACACACCACAAAUGUCAGAGCAGCGCACGAUGGGAGUCGGACGAAGAGGUCGGCGCUCCUGACCACGGGGGUCAAAGUGUGUCCCCAGGAGACGAUGAAAGCAGUCAUCGGCAGCCAUCGGGCCUAUUACAAGCUCAGAGUUUGUCAGGAAGCGAUUUGGGAAGCGUUUCGGAUCUUCUUGGACAGAGUCCCAAACUCAGAGGAGUACAGAGCCUGGCUUUACACAUGCCAGCAUGAAAACCUCUGCAUGGACGACCUGGCCCAGAACUUCAGCAGCUCUCAGGAGCAUCUCGACCUCGUGGCCAGUAGAAUAUCUGAGCAAGUGGAAAUUGAAGGAGUUUUUGCUGGAACCACGGAGUCGGGAAGGGAUUGCACCUGGACACCCCCACUGAUUCUGUUUCCAACUGAGGACAACUUGAUCCAAGAAGACCCCAACAUGAUCAAAGAGAACUAUGAGGAGUACAUUAUCGAGUUCAGUGUCACCAUCGUGGACCCGGCAUUCAGCCGGCUGGUCAGUAACCCACAGGCAGUGGAGUACAAUGACAUCAGACAAGAGCUGACAGACAAGAUGAAACGUGUAUUUGAAAAAGUCCCAGGAUUCAAAGAGAUUCGUGUGCUGGGUUUUCGCUCCGAGGAUGUUUCUGUGCGUUACGCCGUGGUCUUUAACGGAGAGACGGAGCUCAACGAUGAGCCUGAUGGUCUUGAGGAGCCUCAGACGGACGAGGAUGUGAAUGCUCCUAAACUGAAGCACAUCAUCGUAAAUGCCUUGAGACGGGAGCCGUCACUACCGGUGGACAUAAAGACACUCAGCUUUGAGACUGUAACUACAGUUUAUCCCGUUGCGGAGCUCGGCAUGAACCCUGUUAAGGGCGUUAUGUCUGCGGACGAAACCACACAGGCGUCUACAGAAGACAAAUCUCCCCCCCAAAACUUCUUUCCCACUGUGGCAGUGAUAGAAAACUCUUUGGAAGCUUCUACAACCAAACCAGAAACACACACCUUUGUGCCUUUCAUCCCAAACAUCCUCCCAGAAAGCUCUUCUGCCGUCACUGAUGAGACUCCUUUAAUGUCAGCAGUCGAGGAGGAAUCCACAGAAGAAUCUGCGGAGGAGAUGCCACCAACUGAGCGUGUCAACAGCGGUGAGGCUGAACCUGAAGAACAGGUGACGGACGAACCUGAACCAGUUGAUGGGGUUCCUGAGGAACAUCCAGAGCAGCAUGAGGACCUUCCAUUAGCAACUCCAGACUCUCAACCAGAAGAAGUAAUUGCUGAUCCACCUGUUGAGCUAGAGUGUACAGAUAUCACAGUUACUGAGAUAUCUGUCAUAGAAGCAGCAGUCCCAGUCUCUACGCCAUCAUCUCAUGAGGAUGUUGUCCACGGCAUUGAACCAGAAACGGAUGUGGAGUAUUCGCCGCCUCAUGUAGAGAGCGGUGAAGCCCCAGAGGACAGAGUUGAGUCUGGUGGAGGGCAAAGUGUGUCGACAGACAUGUCUCCUGAGAACUCAAACAUUCAAGACGAUGUAGAGUCAAGUCAGAACAGGACGGAGGCGAAUAUGACCGACUCUGUGGAAGAAGAGAGCGGUAGUGGAUUCCCCUCAGAGUCUGACGAACGCCCGCACGAAUCCACAGCUGCACCGGCCAUGAGACAAGCCAACACCCCUCUGAUGACCGCGGUGGAUAAGGGCAAAGAGUUAGUUGUUUUCUUUAGCUUGAGGGUCACUAACAUGAUGUUUUCUGACGACCUGUUCAACAAGAGCUCUCCAGAGUAUAAAUCACUGGAGAAUACCUUUCUUGAGCUGCUUCUACCAUAUCUGCAAUCCAAUUUGACUGGAUUCAAGCAGCUGGAAGUUCUAAACUUCAGGAACGGCAGCGUUGUGGUGAACAGCAAGAUGAAACUGGACAAACCAUUACCUUAUAAUGUCACCGAAGCGGUUCACUGUGUGCUCGAAGACUUCUGCAACGCGGCAUCUAAACGGCUCGACAUCGAGAUCGACAGUCGCUCCUUGGAAGUAGAACCAGCUGACCAAGCAGACCCCUGUAAGUUCCUGGCCUGCAACGAGUUUUCACACUGCGGGGUAAACCAUUGGAGCGGAGAGGCAGAGUGCAUGUGCGAUCCGGGCUACAUCAGCGUAGACAGCCUGCCGUGUCAGAGCACCUGCGCUCUGCAGCUGGACUACUGCCUGAAUGAAGGCCUGUGUGAAAUAAUCCCAGGGCACGGAGCCACCUGCAGAUGCCCUGUAGGUAAAUACUGGCACUACCACGGAGAGCGCUGCGACGAGCUGGUGUCGAUGCCGCUCGACCCUCCCCUGAUUAUAACAUGCCUCGUGGGAAGCCUCUGCUUUGUUUGUGCCGUCAUUGGCAUUUUGUUAUUUAUUAACAAGAAAUGUAUAAAGUCCAUAAAGGCUGUAACUUUGGUAUCCCCAGACAACUCUACACAACAAGAUCAGAAAAGUUAGUCUCAGAAAUGGUGGACUUCCAUCACUGUAUACCACACAAUGAGACGUGGCGACCACCAAAUGAAUCCAGAACAUGCUGUCUUUUAAGGGCAUCAGAAAACGAAUGUUUUGAAGAAAUGGUUUGAAGGCACCUUGUCGGUCUGAGGAGCCGCCGACACAGCGAGACACACACGAGCUAGCAAAGACUGAAGUUGCUGUUUAACUGUAUAUGGGAUGCUAUGGUACAUGUGCGGGUACGGUAGACCAGUAAAGUAUUGAAAUUAAUUGUUCAUAGUGAUCAAAGUGUCUUGUUGGACAGAGAGCUAUGGAUAUCAAGGUGAAAGCGACUUAGGUUGUCUUAAAGUGGAACCUCAUAUUUAUUCUAUAUAUUGAAUGGUAGGAACAUUUCCUGUAUAUCCUUUGCAAAGGUUGUUCUUUCCUCACAAUGAGGUAUUUAUUAUCUACAAACCGAUACACAUGGUGGUAUCUUCAGUUUAGACUGUUAAAUGUUGUUUAUUUUAAUGCUGUACUUUACCAUUGUCGUGUCCCAAAAAGAGAAUGAAUGUAUAAGCUGUUGACUUGGGUCAUGACUUAUUGUUUAUAGAAGUAUUGGCUGCUAAACUGUAUUUAUCAGUCUGUCCUAUUCAAAACAACUCUUCCAACUAAUCAUUUGUGUUUUGAGAUCUGGAUUUUUUACACAUUUUGCAUUGAAAAGCAAAGAAUAAAAUGUUU